UGAUGAGUGCAAAGUGACUUCAGGCCAUGAAUGAACACCUGCAGUGCCUUAUUAUUUUCCAAAGGGCUGCCGGGGACGGAGAAACUCCGCUUGGGACCUUUGCCCGGGCGGGGGCGCUGCAAGGUUCCUGCGCCGCCCAGGCGGGACCUUUCGCUUUCACUUUCGCGGCUCCACGUAGCAGAGCUCCGACGGAGUGGGACGCUCCGCUUGCCCCUUCCUCACCAAGCGCGCCCAGUCGGUAGAUCCUUUGCCAACAAAGAUGCAGGAUGAUGAUGAAAGAGACCAUGGUGCCCAUGGUGAUGUUCCAGAUGCAAAGCCAGAUAGAAGACAGCGAUCUUCACUCUUUUCAAAAAAAAAGAAGAAUGGACAGGAAAUUGAGCCAGAGACCUCUUUCCCUAGCCGAAACCGAAUUGUUGCUCCAGAAUUCCUGUAUCGUAUGGACUACAAGAAAAUUGGGAAAUGUGUUAUUAUAAACAACAAGAACUUCAAAGAAAAUACAAACAUGGGUAUACGAAAUGGCACUGAUAAAGAUGCUGGUGACCUGCUAAAAUGUUUUCGAAGCAUUGGAUUUGAUGUUUCCAUCCAUAAUGAUCUCACCUGUGACGCUAUGGAGAAUAAACUCAAGGAAGUUGCCCUUGAAAGCCACAGUGAUGCUGCUUGUUUCGCCUGCAUAUUAUUAAGCCAUGGAGACGAGGGGUUUAUCUAUGGCACAGAUGGAGCUAUGGCAAUAAAGGAGUUGACAAGUCUUUUCAGAGGAGACAAGUGCCCAAGCCUCAUUGGAAAACCUAAAUUGUUUUUCAUUCAGGCCUGUCGAGGUUCUGAAUUUGAUGAAGGGAUUCAGACAGAUGCAGGUUCUCCAAAUAACGAUCUGGAAAUGGAUGCCAAUCCAGGAUGCAAGAUUCCUGUAGAAGCAGAUUUUUUGUAUGCGUAUUCCACCGUACCAGGUUAUUAUUCUUGGCGGAAUCCAGGGAAUGGCUCCUGGUUUGUGCAAUCUCUUUGUGAAGUUCUGAAUGACUAUGCCAAAGAGCUGGAGAUCCUACAGAUGCUCACCAUGGUUAACUACAAAGUAGCAAGAAACUAUGAAUCGCAGUGUGAUGACCCACGCUUCAAUGGGAAGAAACAGAUUCCUUGUGUGGUCUCCAUGCUAACCAAAGAAGUUUACUUCUGAAAUGUCAUUUGUUUGGGCAUAUAUCAUCUGCUCAUUUUCCAAAGAAAGAUAGAAAUAUACAAUGAGGAUCUUUUAAUCAAAACAAUUCAAAUCAAACCACUCUGGAUCCAGAGCUUCAUCAAGAUAAUGUUUGAAAUAUGCAGUAUGACGAUUACCUCAGUUGAUAGUUAAAAUCCUUUUCAAUAUGCCACCUUGACUGUUUAUGUGUAUAUUGAUAGAUAAUUAUGGUCCUUUGUUGUUUCUGGCCACAUUGG